UCCAAACUAGCACUGGCCCCAUCGGUAGUUAAACAAACAUGGCUCUGCUACAUUAUCAGACAACGACUCUUUAUGAUACGUAGGCAAAUUUAAAGGAAAAAAUGCGAAGAUUAUUAAGAAACACUCCAUGCGUGAUGUGACACCGCGGACGGAGAGUCGCUACAUUAUUUAGUGCGUUAGCUUAGUGUAGCCUUUUGUGACCGUGUUUACACGUAGCUAGCUCUUGUUGGCUAAUGUAAGCUAGCAAAAUGGACCUUGGAUCAAUGUUGUACAACAAUUUAAAAGAAGUUACAUGGAGUACUACGUCCUUACCAUUAGAUCAACUCGUCAGUGCUUAUAAGUUGCCUCAAAUUGUCAAGCUGGAUAACGGUCAGCUGGUUGAAGGGCUCAGAGACAAUGACUACCUCUUGAUUCACUCCUGUCGUCAGUGGACGACUAUUACUGCUCACAGUCUGGAGGAGGGACAUUAUGUCAUUGGGCCCAAAAUAGAGAUCCCAGUUCACUAUGAAGGUCAGUUCAAGCUGCUCGAGCAGGACAGAGAUGUCAAAGAGCCUGUGCAGUAUUACAACAGCGUGGAGGAAGUGGCCAAAGCGUUCCCUGAAAGGGUAUAUGUCAUGGAGGAAAUCAUGUUCAAUGUUAAGAUGGCUUCAGGGGAAUGCAAUGAAGACACAGAGGUUUACAACAUUACACUAAACACUGGUGAUGAACUGACGUUAAUGGGCCAAGCUGAGAUCCUUUACGCCAAAAGCUUCAAAGAAAAAUCAAGAUUCAACACCAUUUUUAAGAAGAUUGGAAAGCUGAACUCCAUCAGUAAGAUCGGUCGAGGCAAGAUGCCUUGCUUGAUUUGCAUGAACCAUCGCACCAAUGAGAGCAUCAGCCUGCCGUUCCAGUGCAAAGGCAGGUUCAGCACCUGCAGUCCACUUGAGCUUCAGAUGCAAGACGGGGAGCACAACAUCAGGAACAUCGUGGAGAAAACCCGUCUCCCGGUCAAUGUGACAGUACCCAGCACUCCACCCCGCAACCAGUAUGACCUCCACCUCAUUAGGGAGGGUCAUCGGUACAAAUUGGUCAACAUUCAGACGAAAACAGUGGUUGUGUGCUGCAUUCUGCGAAGCAAUAAAAUUAUCCCUAUCCAUUUUCCGUUUCAUAUAGCCAUGCCACGAUUUAUUGUUCCAGAAGAAUUGCUGCAAGGAGAGUUGUGGUUAGAUACUAUGGUGCAUCGCUGGUUUGCGUUCUGCCAGGAGCAGUUUGAUAUCGAUGACUAUUCUCGUGCUGUCCGGGACGUACGAACAGACUGGAAUGAAGAUGGCAAAAGCCCCAAAAAAAGCAGUGGCAAUGGUAGUUGUAGCAGUGGAGGAAGCGGGAGUUCAAGCGGCUGUCCCAAUCAUAUGCAAAUUCCCAGCUCUUUGACUUACGCCCGAGAUGAACUCACCCAGUCCUUCCACCGACUGUCUGUGUGCGUGUAUGGCAGCAACCUGCAUGGUAACAGUGAGGUCAACUUGCAGGGUUGUAUGACACUAUGCGGCGAUUGGGCUCUUAUGGCUUCUGAUAGUCAUCCUUCAGAAGAGAAUGAACACUUUUUCCCAGAGCUGUUGGACUGCACAAACCCACAACCAACCCUCAACAAGCUGGAUGUUCCCUAUGAGGAGCUGUGGUUGGAUCACUUGAGAAGUCAGAUUCCGAAACCCUCUCAAAGCGAAGGAAUCAGAGGCCUCAACAGUGACUGUGCCACAACAGCUGCACUGACAAACCCAGUCACUUGUCCUCUGGGAGCCAUAACCAGCUCUGAUGUGCCUCUUACUCCUCCACCAGUCCCACCAAAGUCUGAAGCUGUGAAGGAAGAAUGUCGUCUUUUGAAUGCGCCACCAAUCCCACCACGAGGCCUGAAACAGAUACCAUCAGUGCCUGUCCUUUUGAAGCCACGGCAGCAAGAAACUCGGUCUCCAAGUCCAACCCUCUCCUAUUAUUCUUCUGGUCUCCACAACAUCAGUGGAACAUGUGAGCAAGAAGGAACUGACCCACAAGAGCAAAGCCAUGUGUGCUACCCUUGCAGCUGGGCUAAUUCCAGCAGCACUGAACCGAAGGCUGCUUCGCCCAGUGGUAGCUUGCCGUCAGAUGGAGUUUCAUCGCGGUUGUCUUGGCCAAAUCAUUUCAGUGGAGGGGAUUCGCAUUGCAUGGACGAGUUUCUGCCUACAACCUGUCGAAGUUACUACAGUUACCCCAGGAAGAGAACCCCAAGCACUCCAAAAACCUGUACAACCAGCCUUGUUGACUUUGAUGGUCGAGAGUAUGCACACCGCAGUAAGGACUUUGACUUGCCGAAAGCAUCUCUGAGUCCUUUCUGCAACAAAUCUUCAAGCUGCAAUUCAGAAAUGUACAGUGACAAGCUCAUAGAUGCAUCUAACACUAAGCAGAGCCUCUCCUGCCCGAUCUUGCCACCAAGAACACCAAAAUCAAAUGCCAUAAAGAAGUGCACAGAUGUACUGUCAGAGUCAGUCUGUGACAGUAAGCCGGAAACUUUAUAUUCCUCACUUGCUCAACAUGAGCAGGGAACAAAAGAGAUACACUCCAUCUCUAACACUCCAACUGUUAACUGUCCAUCCUUGUCUCACACUACACAGUGGCAGCCACCAUCGAGCUUGGCUGGCCUUUCAAUUGAAGAGGUCUCCAAAUGUCUGAAAUUUAUCGGCCUGCCAGAUGAAAUUGUUUCUCUUUUCAUGUCAGAAAAAAUUGAUGGGAAUCUACUCCUACAGCUCACCGAGGAGAUUUUGUCUGAGGACUUCAAGCUAAGCAAACUGCAGGUGAAGAAACUCAUGCAGUUCAUAAAUGGGUGGAGACCCAAGAUAUAACAGUAUGUAACUUAAAAACUCCUGUAAAGCUGAGAACAUCAUGCCUUCAGUAUGUAUGCUAUGCACAUCAAGCCACAAAGAGUUUCUUUUUGUAUAGUAUGAACUUAUUUCCUUGUUACUACAUGGUGGGGAAGACAAGUGGGUAAUACCCACUUAAAGUCUAUGACUCCUAUUUGCUAAUUGAAUGGAAUCAUUUGGCACUUUCACAAAGACAUUUACAUGUCAACUGCUUACUUUUUCACCUGCGACCUAUUCAUGUCAUUACACAGAUACUAAUUUAAACCAGGGAAUUGAAAGAAAUCCACAUAAUCGUUUUAAUGUGAGAGCUAUAUGAAGACAAUAUUGUCUUUUGUUAAAGGAGAGUGUCACAGAAUUUUGCUGCGAAUAGCUGAAUGUCUAAAAGAGCACGAACUAGAAAAUAUUUGAAGUGUAUAUAUAUAUGUAGUAGAGCCAACUGCCAAUAAUAUUAGGAGUAAUUACAGAAAACCCCAGUUUGGUAUCAGGUGACAGGAGGAUGGUUAACUGUCUAACUUUGGAAAAUUAAUUAUUGCAUGUAGUCAAUGCGACAGGGUUUUGUUUGCCCUCAGAAUUUGCAUCCCUGUAAUAUAACUGUGCUAAUAACAGUUAGCUAUGCUAAGUCAUUAUCUGCAGCAGGGUUUAAAGGUGACACUUCCUAUGCAAGAGCUCUUUUUUUGUGUGUGCCUGAAGUUAAACACUCCUUAUUGUAACCUAAAAUGUCUCAGCUAAAUGUCACUUUGGGUUAUUUAAGCCUGAAAAGAAAUGAGUUAUAUCUAACCAAAUUCUGUCCUUUCUUUUAAACUCACGUGGAGAUAACCAAAAGCGCCAACAGAUCUUGGUGUCCAAUAUAAAUGAGAAAAUUAAAUGCAUCAUGCACUUUGGUAGAUUUCAGAUUAAAUAUAGCAGUUAAGGUCAUUAAAUAUAAUUGAUGAGAUUGUUUAUGUAGCGAAUGAAUGCACUACAUUUUUUUAAUUGCAAGGGUACUCAUUUGUUUCCACUGUAUGUAUUGGUAAGUGUUACCUACAGUACUUGCGAGACAGAAGUAAUAGUUUUUUGCGCCUUAACCCAGAGACCUUAAACCAUUUGAUAUUUUCCUUUGACGUAACAUUUUCUUUUUGUCAGAGAGUAUACACUAACAACUGGAAUUUCUCCAGACCACGGAGGCAUGUAAGCUAAACUUGAAAAUGAUAAACUACAAUGAAAUAUUUGUUUGUAUUGGUAACUUUUUUUUUUAAAUACCCUUGAUUCAGAAUUGAGUUAUUUAUGCAGUGAUUUAACAUGAUGCAAAAUAUGCAGGAGAGUUAUUGUCAGACCAUUCUUAUGGCUGACACAUGAAGGUGCCUCAGCAGUAACAGCCUUUGUACAACUCGGGUCUGGUCUGUUGGCCAAUAGCUGUUGUUUUGUUUUCCCCCCACCCAACAGUUUUUUUUCUCUUUUUUACAGUGGGGUGUUACAUAUUUUACUUGAUAUUUUUUUAUUUUGUAUGUAGGUGCAAAUUAAAUAUAAUUUUUUUUAUUGAAAUGAUUACUAAUGUUGAGAUUAUUUUUUAUUGAGAAAAAGCUUAUGUUCAAAUUUCUGUUUUGUUUUUUUAAUUCUGUAAAAUGUGGGUUCUACUCGGGUUUCUAACUUCAUGCAGUAAAAUAACACUCGGUCACGGGGGAAAAAUACCUACGAAUCUCUUUCGCACUCCAUGGACAGUGACCAAAAGAUAAUGUUAAUAAGCUGUAUUUCCUUUUAAGUUAGUCUCAGUAUCGCUGUUUUUAUGGAGAAUGAUUUCUGUCCCUGGAAACUUAUUACAUAGCAUAAUGUCUUAUGCAAUAGCCAUGACACUCCAAAGUGAUCACGGAAAGGAAAUGCAAAGCAGUGGAGUAUUAUAGGGUAUUAUUAAGCGUAUUGAAAAUGCCACAGUGUUAAUUUAUAAAAAUUGCAUGCCAAAGAAAUAAUUCCAAACCAUUAGCCAAUUUAACUUGAAGAAUUCUGCAAUUAUUCAAUGAACUGUGAAAACACUCCAACAUCUAGCCCUGUCCGACUAAUCCAACAUUGUGAAGCACUCGGUACCAAAGCUCAUUCUGCGUUGGUACCACCCUCAGCUCUGGAUCACUGCCUACAUGAAAUGUUGCAAUUUUUUGUACAAAAAGAAGGUAAAUAACUGUGACACUGGGUUUGACAUCAUUACUUACAAGUUGAGUUCUGAACAUUUGUUUUUCAUUUUAACUCUUGUUUUCCCUGUUUCCCCUUUUGCAUUGUAUCAUCUAUUAAACAUGGAUU